AUGAAACUAAAUGACUGCGAUCCUUUUCAAUCGAAUUCUGUUGUGGAUAAAUUAUCCCUGGAUGGAGAAGAAGACAGCGAUAAAAAUGAUAAAUUUAAUCAAACACAAUUAACUAUUCAAUUAAAUGAUCAAUCUACAUUAAAGUUAAUUAUAAAUAUGCAACAAAUUUUAAAUCAAAGAUUAUGUGAAUUAAAUUUCAAUUUAGUCAAUAAUGUUAAUAAAAUUGAUAUGAAACGAUCAAUAGUAUGCCAGUUAACUACCGAAUGGUUAUCUAGUUUAGUUAUAUGGGUUUGUUUAAGAAAUUGUAAUUCUGAACAACAGGCAUUAUUUGAAAAUAUUCAUAAUUAUAAAUUGAAUAAUUCAAAUAAUCUAGAAACUAAUUCAUCAAAACAAAUAUGUUUACAUCAAAUGGAUAGAAUUGAAGCAAUUGAACACAAUACAAUGGGAAUGAAUAAUGAAGAUACUGUUAUAAAUACUGGUUUUAAGGAGAAUGAUGAUAUUAUAUCCAAUGAGAAUAAAUAUUAUAAUGAAACUGGUAUUGAUAAUGAUGAUGAUGCUGAAUGGAUUACUUCAUGUUUCAAAGAAUCUUAUCAAGAUUUACAAAAUCAUUUAAAUGAUUUCAAAACAAAAUCUAAAUUAGAAGAUGUUAUUCGUCAAUUAAUCAUUGAACUUGAUGAUAUUUCUACGAAUUUGAAUAUAAAUACUUGUCUAACUAAAUAUUUCAAGAAUCAAAUAGAUUUCGAAAUAUGGGAACAACAAAGAAACGAACUAAAUUUGGCCAAACAGGAAUUCAUUCAAGCUUGGAAUAAUUUACUCAAUGAAAUAUAUCAAAAUCAUUCUGAUGAACAUUCAGAAAAUGCAAAGACAGACUUUUCGAAAGGCCACAAUAAGGAGGAGCAUGAAGUUUCAAAAUCCAAUGUCAAUAACAAUCUGAACUAUUUACACGAAUCCAAUCAGGAUGGAUUCUUCUGUACUGAUUCAAUUGAUUAUAUCAACAGACAAAUGGAAGCAGCAUCAGAACGUCAGAAGGCUUCUUUCAUAAAACGUAAAAAUCUUGAAGAUGCGAUACAAAAAAACAAGAACUAA